UCACCUUAGUUACUUGUGACAAAAAACUCUACUUUGUAGACCCAUCUGUGCAUCGACAUGAUGUAAGUAAAAUUUAAUGACAUAAUCUUAGUUACUUGUGAGAAAACAUUCUACUUUGUGGACCCAAAUGUAAUGUGUAUUAUAUGUGAGAAAUAGAUAAUACUAAGAAAGUGUCAAAUGGUUAUCUUUGUAAAAUGGUUCAUGUUUAUGUUUCUUUCAAAUCAAAUCCACACUUUACUGGUCAUGUUUUUUUUAAUGUGAUUAUACCAUACACCAAAUUAUUAAUACCUUAUCUUAAUGCAUUUCUGUUUUAUCUCCCUGACAUGCUGUGUUGUAGAGGUUGGUAUUUAGUUGUGUUGUAGAGGUUGGUAUUUAGUUGUGUUGUAGAGGUUGGUAUUUAGUUGUGUUGUAGAGGUUGGUAUUUAGUUGUGUUGUAGAGGUUGGUAUUUAGUUGUGUUGUAGAGGUUGGUAUUUAGUUGUGUUGUAGAGGUUGAUAUUUAGUUGUGUUGUAGAGGUUGGUAUUUAGUUGUGUUGUAGAGGUUGGUAUUUAGUUGUGUUGAAGAGGUUGGUAUUUUGUUGUGUUGUAGAGGUUGGUAUUGAGUUGUGUUGUAGAGGUUGGUAUUUAGUUGGGUUGUAGAGGUUGGUAUUUAGUUGUGUCGUAGAGGUUGGUAUUUAGUUGCAAAUAUUGUUUACCGGUAACUGAUCAAUGGAAUUCUGAUUCUGAACCAGAGGUUUGAUUUCUCCUCCCUUCAGUUGACGUCUCCCCUUUCAAUGUUAGACAAAUUUUACAAAUUUGGGUUAAUAUUGCAGUAUCUGUUUACAAAUGAAGAGUUUAGUUAACACUGUAAGAAUGGGAAGGGUAUUUUCCUCCCCUGAUGUGGUUCUUAAAUCACAACCAUGUGAACAGACAAGUAUUGUCACAUUUAAAAAUCUAACCAGGAUACAAAAGCAUUUACAAUUGAGCCUCGCUUUGUACAAAGGGGGUUUAACCCUUCCUCACUCGGAGGCAGAGUGAAUAUUGCUAUGUGCAAACAGCAUCAAACCAGAACAAAGUGUCAGCCCCAAUUAGCCAGUGUGGACUUCAAACAUCAUUAAAUAAGAACAAAGUGUCAGCCCCAAUAAGCCAGUGUGGACUUCAAACAGCAUCAAACCAGAACAAAGUGUCAGCCCCAAUUAGCCAGUGUGGACUUCAAACAGCAUCAAACCAGAACAAAGUGUCAGCCCCAAUUAGCCAGUGUGGACUUCAAACAGCAUCAAACCAGAACAAAGUGUCAGCCCCAAUUAGCCAGUGUGGACUUCAAACAGCAUCAAACCAGAACAAAGUGUCAGCCCCAAUUAGCCAGUGUGGACUGCAAACAGCAUCAAACCAGAACAAAGUGUCAGCCCCAAUUAGCCAGUGUGGACUUCAAACAGCAUCAAACCAGAACAAAGUGUCAGCCCCAAUUAGCCAGUGUGGGCUUCAAAAAGCAUCAAACCAGAACAAAGUGUCAGCCCCAAUUAGCCAGUGUGGACUUCAAACAGAAUCAAACCAGAACAAAGUGUCAGCUCCAAUUAGCCAGUGUGGACUUCAAACAGCAUCAAACCAGAACAAAGUGUCAGCCCCAAUUAGCCAGUGUGGGCUUCAAACAGCAUCAAACCAGAACAAAGUGUCAGCCCCAAUUAGCCAGUGUGGACUUAAAACAGCAUCAAACCAGAACAAAGUGUCAGCCCCAAUUAGCCAGUGUGGACUUCAAACAGCAUCAAACCAGAACAAAGUUUCAGCCCCAAUUAGCCAGUGUGGACUUCAAACAGCAUCAAACCAGAACAAAGUGUCAGCCCCAAUUAGCCAGUGUGGACUUCAAACAGAAUCAAACCAGAACAAAGUGUCAGCCCCAAUUAGCCAGUGUGGACUUCAAACAGCAUCAAACCAGAACAAAGUGUCAGCCCCAAUUAGCCAGUGUGGACUUCAAACAGCAUCAAACCAGAACAAAGUGUCAGCCCCAAUUAGCCAGUUUGGACUUCACAGGAUUAUCUGGGACAACACUUAACUUUUUGAGUGCUGGAACCGAAUUUUGAAGGCCUUUGCAAACUGUUUGGAUCCAGAUGAGACACAACAUAACGUGGCAUCUCAUCAGGAUCCAAACUGUUUGCUAUUCUGAUAGUAUUCUUUGAAAGAAAAUCGAAGAAAAUGCUAAUUUAAGACUCCACAAAUGAAAGACACCCCCAGAGUCUACCGAGAGGGGGGGAGGAUGAUAGACUCAUAUGGACGGAUUUUAUGGAAUCGACACGGCCUGCCCAACCGACUACGAAUAGAGAUGGAUCGGUCACUUGUAAUUGCGGAAAGGUGUGCAAGAACCAACGCGGUCUACGCAUUCACCAAGGGAAGUCUGAUUGUCAACGUGUGAGAUCACAAGGACAGCGCAUAGCCAGUUUGGCUAGUGAGACGCAGGAGUACUCCAGUCUGGAUUCAAGCCACAGUACUGAAGAACUCUAUGUUCAGAAGACCUCACAGGAUCUCUUUCGAAAUCCUGAGGAGGAUGAUGACCCCCUUUUAGAGCUCUUACAGACUCAAAGCAGCCCGGAAGCAAGUGAGGCGACUGAUCCGGAUAGACCACAGCAAGACACUGCCACUAGAACCAGGAAACCAAGGAUUAAGUGGCCCAAGGCUUCAGACAAGACAUCAUGGACCCAACUGGAUGAGGACCUAGAGAACAUCCUCGAAGCAUCCAUGCAAGGACCAGUAGACCGGAAGCUGACCACCCUCACAACCUUGAUAUAUUCAGUAGGAAAGGAGAGGUUUGGAUUAGAAGAGGAGAGAGUGCGAAAGGAACCUCCAAGACCAAACAGGCGGCAAGUUCGUAUCCAGAACUUGAGACGUGAACUCAAGCAGCUGAGACGAAGGUACUGUGCUAGUUCACCCACAGAGAGGAUUGGACUUGCACAGCUUAGAGAUACAGUUCGGACACAGCUGACAUCAUUACGGAAAGCAGAAAACAGCAGAAGAAAGACACGGGAACGGGCAAAAAAGAGGGCAGCUUUCAUAGCCAACCCAUACAAGUUCGCAAGAUCCCUCCUCGACAAAGAAAGGUCAGGAAAGUUGGAAACUCCACUAGAGGAAAUAGAGAACUUCCUCCAUGUUACCCAUUCUGACCCCAAUCGAGAGGACGUGCUAGGGGACUGUGACAGAAUAGAUCCAGCGGAGGAAUCCAAAAAACAGCUGAAUACGACGGAACCUACGCUUGGCGAGGUGAAAGAAGCUGAAAAAAAGGCCAGAGCUGCUUCAGCGCCAGGACCCAAUGCCAUCCCGUACAAAGUGUACAAGAUGUGCCCACUACUCCUCAUGCGUUUAUGGAGGCUCCUCAAAGUAGUCUGGAGGAAGGGGGACGUACCAGAGGCUUGGAAGGAGGCCAAGGGGAUAUUCACACCGAAGGAACGCAAUUCCAAGACGAUCAACCAGUUCCGAACGAUCUCGUUGCUCAACGUCGAGGGAAAAAUAUUCUUUGCCAUCCUUGCAAGAAGACUCACAUCUUUCCUGACAGGCAACGCAUACAUCAACACCUCGGUCCAGAAGGAAGGAGUUCCCGGUUUCUCCGGCUGCAUAGAGCACACCAGUGCUAUCACACAGCUAAUAAGUGAGGCGAAGAAAGGGAGGAAGGAUCUCACUGUAGUUUGGCUCGACUUGGCCAAGGCAUACGGGUCCAUUCCACACCAGCUCAUCUAUACAGCCCUCCGACACUACCAUGUGGACGGCCACAUUCAGAAAAUCAUCACCAGUUACCUGGAUGGAAUCAAGCUCCGGUUUACUGUUGGUGACCAGCUAACCAGAUGGCAGAAGUUGGAGAAGGGAAUCGUUACCGGCUGCACAGUUUCCGUGGUGCUAUUCAUCAUGGGGAUGAACCUGCUGAUAAAUGCUGCCCAACGUGAGACACGUGGACCAAAGACAGAGUCAGGAAUCUCCCAUCUAGCAGAGGCUUCAUGGAUGACCUCACAUUGA